CAGGAUGAAACGGUGACGGUCCCGUCUGUCAAGCCCUCCAUGAGGGGAUGGGGAUGGGGGAUGUCUGGUGGACCUCCAGUUGCAUCCCCGAGCAAUUAAAGUUCAUGGUUCGAUGGACCCAUGAGGGGAAAAAGUCCCCAGUCAGAUUCCAGUUGUGUACUGGCAGUCUCUGCAAGUUUUGGAUGGUCUGCUGUUCCCGGCAGUAGUCGUGGUGUGCAGACUCCACUUUCGUAUCCAGCCAGCGGGGAUACAACUGGCCUCAGACAGCCGGACGUGCAAGGAAGAAACCUCGGGCCCAAAAAGCAACAAGAAAAGGGCGGCAUUGCGGAACAAAGGGGGGAUGACGGAGCAUUCCUUCUCGGUGCGAACCCGUCCUGGAUUCCUGGGUAUUCAAUCCUCGAUCGACAUGAGCAUUACCCAAGCUUGACCGACUCUAGGGAGUACAGAGGCACUGACUGGCUUUUACAUGUACAGAAAAGUGGAUGCGAUACCCCGGGCCCGCCUUCCACCGUAUUGGGACUAACCUCCGUCCAAUGUCCGACACACGAAUACCACCGCACGGCAACAACGGGAGACGGCCCUAAAAUAGUAUCUUCACAAAAACCCCAGGCCGCAUCAAUCGUCCACUCAUUCGACUGUACUUUGCUGUUCGGGUGAUAGAUACCUACGUGAGUAUUGUCUGUCUGCCAGAAGAAACCACUGUAGUCAAUCAGCGGAUGCCUUUGGAGGCAGCGGAAGCCAACCAAAACCCGGGUGGCGAGAAAUUAUGCUCCUGCUGCACUGUCUGCAGCCCAUCAUAG